AUGGCUGGAUCUCAGUUGAAACAAUUAAAAGAGGCCUUGCGGUCCAAAGGAUUAGUGGGUCAAACUAAUGUUAAGAAGAAGAGUAAGACAUCUAAAAGAACACCAUCUGAAACGAGAAGAAAUGAUAAAGAACAAGUUAUAAAUGAUAUUAGAGGACAAUUUAAUCAAUUUGAUCAGAAAUUAAAUCGUAUGAAACGUGAUGUUACCGUUAUUCAAGGGGGUAAGUUUGUUAAAUUCGGAUCUCAACAACAUAAUGAUGCCACUAGAACUAAAUCUAAUGUUCAAAAGAAUAUGAAAAUGCAAUAUGAUUUAGAAAAGGGGAAACAUGGUAAGACGGGUGGCGUUUUAGAUAGAAGAUUUGGGGAAGCUAAUAAACAUUUAACUGCUGAAGAGAAGAUGUUGGAAAGAUUUACUCGAGAAAGACAAUCACAAUCUAAGAAAAGAGGACUUUAUUCUCUUGAAAGUGAUGAUGAAAAUGAUGAUGAUGAUGGAUUUACUUUAACUCAUGGUGGUAAGGCAUUAUCAUUGGAUGUUGAAGAUGACGUUAUAGAGGAUAAUUCAUUAUCAACUACUAAAUAUAUUGAUGAAGAUCAAGUUGAAGAUGACGAUCAACCACAAAGAAAGAAAAGUAAAAAAGAAGUUAUGAAAGAAAUUAUGGCUAAAUCUAAAUUCUAUAAACAACAAAGACAACAAGAGUUUCAAAAGACUCAGGAUAAUAUUGAGGAUUUAGAUGAAGAAUUUGGUGAUAUUAUGCAAGAAAUGGCUAACAUUGAACAACCUAAGCGUCCACAAUUUCUGACUAAAACGGAUGAAGAAAAAGAAUAUGAUACAAAAGUUCGUGAAUUAACUUAUGAUAGAAGAUCUGUUCCAGCUGAUAGAACCAAGACUGAAGAAGAAGUGAAAACUGAACAUCAAGAAAAGAUGAAGAAAUUAGAAGCUGAUAGAUUAAAGAGAAUGAGUGGUAUGGAAAUUGAAGAUGAUCGUAAUGCAGUAGGUGAUGAUUUAGAUGAUGAAUUCUGGGCUGGAAGUGAUGAUAAUGAAGAAGAUGGAUUUGCCAUUAAAGAAUCUGAAGGUGAAGAAGAAGUCAGUGAAGGUGAGGGAGAAGAGGAACAAAUUCUUGGAAGACCAAAAAGAACCAUACAACCACAAAUCAUAAUACCUGGUAGUCAUGAAGAAUUUUUAAAAUCUCUUGCAACCAUCGAUAGUAAUAGACAUCCAGCAUAUGUUAAUAAAAUCAUUGAAAUUUAUAGACCAAAUUUAGCAGCUGGAAACAAAGAUAAAAUGAAUGUGUUUGUCGGAGUGUUAUUCGAACAUAUAUUAUACUUAGCCAAUCAAGAUAAAGAUGCAUCAACUCAAACUUUGAUUGAGAAAUUAACUGUUAUAAUCAAGAAAUUAGCUCAACUUUAUAAUGAAGUAUUAGUUGAGAAUAUCAGAUUAGAAAUCAAUAAUAUCCAAGACCGUAUUUUAAAUAAUGAUGGUCUUUUAUUAAAACGUGAUUAUGUAUUCUUCAUUAUUAUUGGAUACUUAUUUUCAACUUCCGAUCAUUAUCAUUUAAUCGUUACACCUGUAUUGAUAUUAAUGACUGAAUCCAUAACUACAUUGAUUUAUAAGAAAGAUGCUUCUUUACAACAUAUCAAUCAAGGUAUAUUCAUUGCUGAUAUGUUAUUGAAUUAUCAAAGAUUUUCAAAACGUUAUAUUCCAGAAGUGGUUAACUUUGUUGAAAAGGCAUUAUUAUUAUUAAUUCCUGAACCAAGAUUACUUCAAUCAUCAUCAACUCAAUUAGUAUCUACUUAUAAUGUGAUUUCAACUGAUUUGAAUUUAAGUAAGACUUUCAAACCUACUGUUGAACAAAUUGGAGAAGAUGGGAUCGUAUUAAGUAUUGAUGAAUUGUUUAAUAACUCUGGUGAUCAAUUUAAAUUUAAGGUAAUUAUCAAGUUAAUUCAAAUCAUGGAUAAAUCAAUUUCAUUAUGGAAGGAUAAAUCCAAUUUAAUUGAAAUUACUCAAUCUAAUAACUUAAUUUUAAAACAUUUGCUUAAAUAUUAUUCAAGUCAAUUACGUCAAAUUCCAUCACUCAUUACUAAAUUCACCAAACUUUCAAAUAUCUUAACUAAAGAGAGAAGACCAUUAACUUUACAACAUCAUAGAGCUAUUCCAAUUGCCACUUAUGCACCUAAAUUUGAAGAGAAUUUCAAUCCAGAUAAGAAAUCUUAUGAUUCAAAUAUUGAAAGACAAGAAGUUGGUAAGAUGAAGAGUCAAUUGAAGAAGGAAAGAAAAGCUGCUAUCAAGGAUAUCAGACAAGAAUCAAGAUUUGUGGCUAAUGAACAAAUUGAAGAAAAGAAACAAAUGUAUGAUAAAUAUCAUAAGAAAAUGGCUCAUAUUGUUAAUACUAUUGCAACUACUGAAGGAGCUGAAAAGAAUGAAUAUGAAAGAGAAAAGAAGUUACGUAAAUCAAAAAAGUAG